AUGGAGCACUCUGGGACGUUCUUCGGACGGAUUUUAUCUCACGUCAUGUCGUCGUACGUUGUGGUGCUGAACUUUGGAAGUGUUGCAAGUACACGUCGCGAGUUGACGGCCGGUGGACUUCUCUUUUGUACUUUUUUUAAUCUCACAAGUGCCGUCGCUGCAUUUGAUCGCUGGCGUGCUGAUGCUGAUAUUCUUAGCUUCUGUCUACCUUAUGAGCUCCCGGAUGACGUCAAUUCAGCGACUUUGCUCGUGUGUUUUACGCCCAAUGACAGAUCACCUGUUGUGGUUUCUGAACUACGUCAAGUUUGUGCCUGUUUUGGCCAAGUGGCAAGUAUCUUGCAGCCUGAUAUGCAAAUUCCCAAGUAUAUUGUCGAGUAUUGCGACUCGCGUGUGCUGCCUGCAGCUUUAACUGGACUACCUCGUGUUCUCCAGACAAGUGGACCAUUGUCUGUAACUCGCACGACAUCACCGAUGAUGGACGUCGCCAAGCUUAAACUCUUUCAAGAGUGCCUAAAUCGGGCGGCAAUUACACAUCCACGAGUUGCUAGGGCUCGCCCCAAGAGUUUUUCGUCUAGUAGCACGUCGCUUCUGACGUCACCUACGUCGUCAGUCGCAUCGUCUCUCAAUGCAUCCCUCCUGGAAGGCGCAAACAACAACAGUCCCAUGGCAUCGGGCAAGUUCCUUGGUCGUAGCGGAGAGCUCAAAUCCCCCGUGCUUAUGCCUCAGGACGAACAGCACAUUUGGGCAAGACCAGCACCGCGGGCUAGAAGCAACUCGUCGUCUGCGUAUCUUGGUGGAUCCCUGUCAUCUGGUCGCUUUGGUGACUCAUCGGCGUAUCCCAACGGAUUUACGCUCCCGUCGUCUACUUAUAUCAGCACGUUGUCCACUCGCGCAAAUGGUUAUUCGUCGUUUCAGGCUGCUCAUCAGUUGCAGCCUUCAAACAAUCAAAUAUCGUUUUCCACCACAAGGCAGCAAGAGGGUCAACAGCAGCAAGCUUACUACGAUAUUCGAGAGCGACAGCGUGCGCAGACCCAAGUUGCCCCCAUGAGAAGCAGUCGUGGCAACGUUGACCCUUUCUUUCGAACAAGUGUAGCACACAAUGGCGAGCAUGCUGCCGUUCCUGGUGGUCGGACUGCAGCGCGGCCAUUACCUGGGCGUAACGAUAAAGGUAUAGGCGAAUUCAGCUUGUCGAUUGAUAAGGUGGCGUCGGGUGAGGAUAAGCGGACAACUUUGAUGAUCCGCAACAUUCCUAACAAGUACACACAGCAGAUGCUACUCACAGAGAUCAAUCGUAACCAUCGCGGCAACUACGACUUUUUCUAUCUACCUAUUGAUUUCAAGAACAAGUGCAACAUGGGCUACGCUUUCAUUAAUUUCAUUGAGGCGGCGCGUAUCGAAGCGUUCCAUGAGGAGUUCAACGGCCAGAAGUGGACAAAUUUCAACAGCGAGAAAGUCUGUGCUAUCUCAUAUGCGCGGUUGCAAGGCAAGCAGGCGAUGGUCGCACGAUUUCAGAAUUCGAGUUUGCUCGAAAAACACGAAUCUUACCGACCGCUGGUCUUCGGUAGCUCUGGUCCGAGUCGCGGCAAACCGGAGCUGUUUCCGGCCUCCAAGCAGAUUGUUCACAAAAAGCAAUCAGCGCACGUACACUCUCCCGAAAUGUUUAAAGCUGAUGAUUAUGGCAACUACGUACCCCAUCGAAUGUAUUCACAGCAUCCACCACACCAGCAACACAUGCCGCAGCAGCAUUCCCUUGCCGUUUAUCCUCCUCAGCAGCUUGUGGGCAUGUCUUCGCAUGCCAUGCCUCCUCUUCCAACAGCCAAUGGGCACCAUUUCGGGAUUCAAUCGCAGUCGCCGCAGUAUAUCCCUUCGUAUCAAUACCAGGGUGGCCCCCAAUUGGCGUCACCAUUUUUGUAUGGAGGGACUGGAAUGCCAUCCAACGUGCUGGACUACCCGCAUUGA